UGAGGUCUUAGUGCUGGGAUCUGUAGCUCAAACGGUCCAGACAGUUAUACAACUUCUGGGAUCAGUAUGUCUCCCACUCGAAGCUCGUAGUCGGUGUUCUUCUUUGUCAUAUAAAAGUAAACCGAUUGAACGGAUCCUUACCGGUACCUUGUUUACUUCUGGCUCAUACUGUUGCGCAUGCAGACAAAUGUGGUUGAUCCAAGUAUUUUUGCGUCCAUCGAUUUUGCGUUACUACAGCAUUUUACCUCUCCGUAGGCAACUGGUCCAAUAUUGGGACAAAUUCUACACCGGCAACCCUUCCGAAAAAUUAAUUUUCGUCCCAUUGUGUGGGAAGUCAAUUGAUCUACGCUGGCUGUACUGUGAAAAAGGCUUCAGUAUUGUCGGAUGUGAUCUGUCAGAGACUGCUCUCUUGGCUUUUGUGACUGAAUACCCAGAUUUGGCCAUGAAACGAACGGAAAUCCCCUUCAAGAAUGGCGAACGCAUUUCCAUGUUUCAUACCCCCGACAAGCGUCUCCGACUUUAUCUUUGUGAUCUUUUCAUCAUGGACCAAUCUCCGGAGGGACCAUUCAAAUACAUCUGGGAUAGAGGCUCUUUGGUUGCUGUGGACCCAUCACUGCAAAAAAAGUACGUGGAGUUCGUGAGCACUCUCAUCACACCUGACGCUCGCUGGCUGCUCGAAACUGUUAACUACCCAGAAGGUAUACACGAUGGUCCACCAUGUCGCAUUCCAGAUGAAGAGUACGCCACUUUGUUCGGUAAGGGAUACAAUUCCAGGCUUCUAUCAUAUCAGUUGGUGGACCACCCACAGCUACCGGGUCUAGACAAUGUCUACCUUCGCACAACAUUGGUGACUAUUUGAGCAGGUCACCACAAUCAGAAUUAAUGUUUCUCGCAGUAAACUCAGUCGACAUUCAUAAUUUGCGUUACUUUCGGCGGCUUUUACCUGCUUGCUGCAUUCUUUUCGUCAUUUGUUACACAUUCUGUGAUAUUUUCGGCGUCGGUUCUCCAAAUGUCUGUUUCUCUGUGCUCCCUUUUUCCAUCAAAUACACACAUGCUCUGGUUAGUUAUUUUUGUGCACUUCCACCAGGGCCUCCGUUAAACGACCAAUAUAUUGCUUAGGUGCAAGG